ACAGGGGGGCGGUUACGUUUGGUUGAGCGGCAGCCGCGGCCUCCAAUCGCAGCCUCGCGCUACGUCACGCUCGCUGUGUUUAAAAGGGGGACGCUGUCGCAACCUCCACACACUACGCUCACCAACUACAACACACGAAAACAUGGAGGAGAAAAUACACGAGCGUAUUUGACGGAAGGAAAAUUCCACCACCGCGAGAGAAAAAAAAUGGCUUCCGUUCGGCUGACGAUGAAGCGACAGCAAAUCGACCCAUAUCUGUCACAGAGAAGUACGCGAAAUCUGUUGGUUUUCGACGAGGAAUACCAGAAUACGUGAGGACUUUUUUUUUUUUUCAGUUGACAUAACCCGCCCGUUGGUUCCAAGCCGUUAAACAAAACAAAACAAAAAACAAAAAUGGCCGCGGUUGUUGGUUCUGAACGGACCGCGAUGGAAAGGUUCGGCGGCGGAGGGAAGUCUCUUCUCCCGUGGACUAAACAGAUGCUCACGGUUCUGUGGGAACAGCUGCGACUGCUGGUUCAGGUCAUCUACUACACCUUCGUGUCGGUUUUCCAGAUGUUCCGGUUCGAGGUUCACGUGAGAAUCACCGACGAGACGGGUCAACACAUCCAGCACAUGACCACGGCGGCGAACCCCACCGACUCCUUCCUGUUCUCCUCGCUGUUCGACGGCGACAACGGAGUGAUGGUCGGCGGCACGAACCCCCUCUCCAACUUCUGCGCCGACGUGGGCGACUCCUUUGCGGGGAAAUCCACCGCCGAGGCCCUGCUGUCCACCCUGCGUGCCGACGACCUCUGCUGCGGAUUGGUCGACGAUUUCGUGUCCGGCAAAGACGACGCCGCCAUCUUCCUGGGACACCAAUCCAGCUGGAAAAUGGGCUUCCCCGGCGACUGGAACAUCUUCGUGUCGAGCAGCGACAGCUCAAACGACGGCUGCCAUAAAACCGGCGACAGAGUCUUCAAGCAGGAGGUGUCCGAGGAGGAGAUAAGUUUCCACUGGAGUAGCGAAGAAGACCAGAACGUAGUCGAGUUCGACAGCGAGGAGAGCAAGGCGCUUUGGGAGUCCCUGUCCAAAUCGAGCGAUCCUUACAACCCCUUCUUUUUCUCUGCGUGUAUUUCAACAAACACAAAUAUGGGGAGGGGUAAAGGCAACGCGGCAGAGAGCGACGGGGACCUCGCGUCGGCGUGCAAGGCCGGCGAGGAGAUGUCGGCGCCUCGCGGCCUGAACGUCUGGGUCGGCCGCUCCGACAGCGAGAGCAGCUGGAGCAGCUGGGCCAGCUCCGAGGGUUCGAGCCCCGACAUCGACGAGGAGAGCGAGAGGCUCUUGGAGUUCUUCAGCAGCCCCGACGAUCCCUACAACCCCAUGUGCUUCACCGCGCGCACAUUCGGCAGCGCGACGCCUCAAACCGCCACCACACAAAAGGCCUCUCUUCCUGCGCCUCCCUUCAAGUUGGACACUGAGGAGAAGGAGGGCAGCUUCUCUCCUUCGUCCGAGGAUGACGAAGAGCAGCUGUGGGAAUCCCUCGGCCAAAAGGACGACCCGUACCACCCUCUCAACUUCCAGGCCUGCCUUCAGAGCUCCCCGUCAGCGGCCACGACGCCGCCGUCCGGAGAAGCUCCACCAGAGAAAUGUGAAACGGAGUCAGAAAAACCCAAAGCCACCAAGCCCUCGCUUCCAGAGAGGAAGUUAAAGCGUCACUCCCACCCAGACAAAACUCUGGUGCCCUGGAAAAGAACUGGACAAACACGGCGGUCCCUGCCGGAGGAGAAGACCAGCAGCCCCCACAAACAGGUACAGUUUUCUCCUCUGGUCCAAGUCCACGUCAUGCGCACCUGGCCGUUCGCUCGCCAGGCGUCCCGCAAAGGACACUGGGAAGAAAUGGCGCGAGACCGGGACCGCUUCCGGAGGCGGGUCCUGGACGCGGAGCAGGCCAUCGGCCGCUGCCUCGCCGAGCCCCACAGAGAGAGGAUGCGGGCGCAUCUGGACGGUGCCUUGAAAUAAAACAGAACCCCACCCCCACCCCGGACACUGAAUGUUUCAUUUCCCCUUUUUUUUCCUUUUCUUUUUUUUCAAAUGAGAACUCGUGAUUGGUUGCAAUGCAAUUUUGAUUUUAAGGCCAAUUAGGAAUUUGCUGUUAGGCCAACAUCAACGUUCGGUGUCACGACCUUGUACCUCAGAAGGUUUUCUACAUUUUUGUGAUUGUUGCACUGACACUUUCUCAUAUUAACCUCAGCAUUGACGUGUGGGAUGUUGUUUUUUGUAUGCCUUAUAUACUGACCUAGCAAUGUAGAUUAUUUAUGCCCUAUGGAGCUUGUUGUUUGUUUUUUACCGUUGGUUUUAACUGUUUGUGUUUUUAUAUGUGCGAAAAUCAAACUCCAGUGGUGACUCUAGAAGUUAAAAGAUGAUGAUAAAGCUUGUUUUGUUGAAGCAUGACGUGUUGAUAUGAAGCUCUGGUUCGAUCCUUGUCCACUAUUUAAGUUUUCGAUGUUAAGUUUAGUUUUUUUCUCAGUCGAUGGAAUAUAACGGCAUCGUGGAGAUGGAUUUAUUUAUCUUGACUGGAAAGUUUCUCACACGUUGUCCUUCGCGGUGACGUCAUCAUGCGGCCAGAAAAUCGUUUGUAGCCGAUUUUGUCAAAUAAAUAAAAUGUGUUGCACUGUA